AUGGCUGCCGGCUGCGCCCCUUCGCCUCGGCCCCAAGGGGUCUCGGAGAGGCCCGUGACGGCUCCCGCCGGCGUCGUGCCGUGCCUGGAGCUGCCGACGUACGCCGCGGCGUGCGCGCUGGUGAACAGCCGCUACUCGUGCCUGGUGGUCGGGCCGCACCGCAGGCACAUCGCCCUGUCGCCCCGCUACCUGCACCGGAAGCGCACGGGGAUCCGCGAGCAGCUGGACGCAGAGCUCCUGCGCUACUCGGAGAGCCUUUUAGGUGUCCCUAUCGCAUAUGAUAACAUCAAAGUUGUGGGUGAACUGGGAGACAUUUAUGAUGAUCAAGGACACAUUCAUCUUAACAUUGAAGCAGAUUUUGUUAUUUUUUGCCCUGAACCAGGACAAAAGUUGAUGGGCACAGUUAAUAAAGUGUCUUCUAGUCACAUUGGCUGUUUAGUGCAUGGUUGUUUUAAUGCCUCUAUCCCUAAACCUGAGCAGAUGUCUUAUGAGCAGUGGCAAACUUUGGAGAUCAAUGUGGGUGAUGAACUGGAAUUUGAAGUAUUUCGUUUAGAUUCUGAUGCUGCUGGAGUAUUUUGCAUUCGAGGAAAACUGAAUAUUACAAGUUUACAAUCCAAGAGCUAUAAAGCUUCUGAAGAUGUAGUAGAUACUGGCAUUGAGGAAAUUGUUGCAAAAGUUUCAAAGAAGAAAAAGAAGGCGAAGAAAGAUCCAGAAGCCUCUGAGGCAGAUGGUAGCACCACAGAGUUCACAGAUAUGGCAGUCACCCCACAGGAAGAGGUGUACCUACAGACGACUGCUAAUGUGAAUGGUGUCUUGGAACAAAAGCCAAAGAAGAGUAAGAAAAAGAAGAAAAAGAAAGACUCAGAAACUUCUGAGACAGAGGUUGGUGCCACAGAACUCACAGAUUUUGCAGAUGUCACCCUACAGGAAGAGAUGGACCUACAUACUAGUGAUCAUGUAAAUUGCCUCUCAGAGCAAGAGCCAAAGAAAAAGAAGAAGAAGAAAAAGAAGCACCCCGAAAUCUCUGAGGCAGAUGGUGGUGCCAUAGAGCUAGCAGGUUUUGCAGAUGUCGCCCCAAAGGAAGAUGUGGACCAAACUGUUAGUGGUAAUGUGAAUGACCUCUGGGAGGAAGAGUCGAAGAGGAAGAAAAGGCACCAGGAGGAACAGGACCCUGUUUUCCAAGCCAGUGACUCCAGUGGUUACCAAAGUGACCAUAAAAAGAAAAAAAAGAGAAGAAAAGACUGUGAAGAGUCAGAAUUUACCCCAGUUUUGGAAUGUUCACCUAAGAAGAAACUGAAAAAGUAAUUGUUUUUUCUGCCUUUUAACUAUGAUUCUGUUGUUAAAAUAUUUACACAUGGCAGAUGAAUAAAUGUUUUGAAUGAUGUGAAAUGUUUAUGUAUACCAGUUCACAAAACCUGGGAAACUUGGUUAGGAAUUAGAAAGCUUUUGUAAUAAAAUCAUAAAACAGAGUAUAAAAUAAUUUGUGUAAUACUAGUAUUGUUGAAGUAGCAUUUUAUUGCAUAUAGUAUAAAAUGGUUACAACUGCUCUUUUAACUUUUGUAUUCUUCCAGAUGCAAAAAUUUUACACUCUGUAUUUGGUAAAAGACCUCAUAGUACAGUGUUACUCAGAUAAUUAAAUAAAUGAGAAUUUAGUUUUGUUUACUUUUUAUUUUGGGAGGCUGAAAGGUUUUGGGCUUAUUACAUUCUAUUUCAUUUUAAAAAGCGCAAUGCAUUUAUCAGCUUUGAGUUUCCCUUUAUUAUAGUUACUUCAGUAUUUCUGUUGUUUAACAUAAAAUAUAUUAUCAGAGGAGCAUGCACAGCUAAGCACUGUGAGUGCCAAUGUGUUAUUGGUGAGAAACAACAGUCACUGCUUUUCCUUCCAGUGUGUGCAUGUGUACGUCUUUUCCCUUAAUUUUGUGAGGUUGAUGGAAAGUACUAUUGUACUUUUUCAUUUUGUUGUAAAAACAAGAGAGAGAAGAUGACAUGAUAAGUAAGAUGCUGGUUCAGGUAAAUUUUUCAUGAUCAGGGUUAAUUUACUAGAAAUUAUUUUUCAGAAAGGAGAGUCAUUACUGUUUUUAUUGAAAAUGUGGAAUGUGCUAUGACUGUGGAAUGUGGUGUGACUAUACUCUUCCUUCCCAGAUGUCUGGUAUGCCAUCAGUAUUGAGCUUCAUAACAUUGUUUUAUCUCCUCUUUUGUCAGAUAUUUGGUAUACUAGAUUAUUAUAAGUCAAUUGCCUUUUUGCAGACAAUUUUUCCUGAAUGUACAAAGAGUUUUCAGCAAAGAUUAGUAAAUUAUAAAAUCAGGGUACUUAAGAAUAGAAGCAGUGUCAACAAACACAAAUUUGCAGUGAGGAUUUCAAUAGCAAAUAAACUGAAGUGCAAGUUUGUAACUAAUAGUUCCACAUUUGUUGCCUAUCACUAGAAAUGCUCUGGUACUAAUUGAUUAAAGGGAAAACUAGACAAA